UGUGUGCUGAACUUUAUAAGAUGGACCACGAGGGAGUGCCCGAGUUAGAAAAAAUAAUCAAAAAUGGAACGGAAAAUGGAGUAUGUGAGAAAAAAACGGACUUUAGUAAUGAACGGGAUACAACAACUUUUUUCAGGAGACAGGUUUUAGUCUCAACAGGGAAUUUUCUACUUACUUUGUCUGCUGGAGCGACAGCUGGUUUUUCUGCGAUCCUUAUUCCACAACUUCAACAUGGGAAAGGGCACCACCACAGAUAUUCAAUAGGCAUGGUAUCAUGGAUAGCGUCCAUGUCGUCAUUUGCAUUAAUAUUUGGAAACAUAAUAUCUGGAUACCUAAUGGACAGACUCGGUCGAAAAAGGUCGCAGUUUCUGUGCGGACUAUGUUUUGUUUUGGGAUGGGGGAUCAUCGCGUUCUCGAAUGACGUAUUAGGAUUGAUAUUGACGGGAAGGUUCAUCACAGGGCUCUGCCAAGGAUGGCUGGGGCCUGUCAGUCCUGUGUUCGUCGCAGAAUUGAGCUCCCCAGACUACAGAGGGUUCCUUCUCGCAUCGCUCUCACUAAGCAUAGCUGUAGGUGUCUUCCUAUCACAUCUCUUUGGCACCUUCCUUCGAUGGAACAUCGCUGCGUUGCUCUGCGCGAUAUUCCCUCUCGUGGGCACCAUCAUCACAUACUUUGCACCAGAAUCCCCAGUCUGGUACGCAUCCCAAAACAGAAUCGACGAUUGUAUCAAAUCAUUCCAAUGGUACAGAGGCACGAGUCCAGCAAUGAAGACUGAACUAGAUAGAAUGAUUUUCGAACAAAGUAAAAAAGACAGAACCCAAUCAAAGAUGCAGGCGUUGUCGAAAAAUAUCAAGAAACCGGAAUUUUGGAAGCCGUUAGCUAUAAUGAUGAUCUUCUUCCUAAUUACGCAGCUUUCUGGUAUCAAUGUGAUUUGUGCUUAUACCACCGAGAUGAUGACGGAGCUAAUGGGCAGGCACACGGACAAGUCUAUUGCGUACGCCGCCAUGUUAAGUGUUGAUAUUUUGCGGUGUGCGUCACUGGUCGCGGCCUGUGUCGUACUGAGGAAAUGUGGGCGCCGACCUCUGGCCCUAUUUAGUGGAAUUUUUACAACCUUAUCAUUGAUAACUUUAGCUGUAUACCUCUACUUGGUGGAUGCUCGUGUUAUUAGACACAUGUCAAGGGUCAUUUCUUUAGGUCUAAUGGCAAUUUACAUAAUAGUAUCAAACUUGGGGAUAUCGCCGUUACCUUGGAAUAUGGUCGGCGAGUUGUUUGCCUCGGAAACUAAGGGAUUAGGGUCGGGUAUAAGUGUGAUGAUGACGUCAGUGGCUUUCUUUGGGACCAUAAAAACAGCUCCGUAUAUGUUCGAGAGCAUAGGUCAUAAUGGGGCUUACUUAUUCUAUGGCAUAUCUACUUUAUUAGGCACGAUAUUUUUAUUCUUCUACCUCCCCGAAACUAGAGGGAAAACUUUGUUACAAAUCGAAGAAUACUUUAGGAAAUCGAAAAAAGAAGAGAUUGAAGAAAAAACACAAAUUAAUGGUAAAUCGCCUGUAUGAAAUUAACCAGAAUGUGUUCUAAUUUAAUAGCAUUUGAAAUUAAACGAGAUCUCUUUAGAUGCAUUCAAAUUGUAAUUUUAUAGAAUAUAAGAACAAAUAAAAAUAGUCAGUUUUCGUGCUUUAAAACUAGAUUUGUAGAAUAAAAUUCAUUUAGGUAUUUAGUUUAAUAUGAAAUUAAGUAAAAAUCAUAUA